AUGUCCAGCAGUGUCCCGGUGGACGUGAUAAAUUUGCGCCUUAUCUUGGUAAGCGGGAAGACAAAAGAAUUCCUGUUUUUCCUUAACGAUUCCGCUUCCAACAUCGCAAAGCAUGUGUAUGGCAACUGGCUCAUGGACUGGGAAGAGGAACAAAUCAACAGUCCAAAUAGCCUCUGGCUUAUUUAUCAAGGACGGUUUCUACACCGAAAUGUCACACUAGGUGCAUUAAAGCUGCCUUUUGGCAAAAGAACCAUGAUGCAUUUGGUGGCUACAGAGACUUUGCCUGAGCCAAACUCUCAAGGUCAAAGGAACCAUGAAAAGACCUGUGAGAGUAACUGCUGUGUGAUCCUGUGGAGGCGGG